AUGCGCCAGUACAUUUACGAGGCCUUCCCCAAAGUAUCUGUUAUCUGGCCGGAUGGCGUCCGCGAAGCCAUGCAAUCCAACCGAGCUGCUGCCACUGGUUCAUAUACGUCCCAAGGAGAGGAUAUUCGUUCUGCUACAAGUUCUGCGGCGGCACCUGGCACGAGUAUCGUGCAACUGCGUGGCCCUCGAAACGAUGUUAACGCAGCGUCUGAAAUUCUGACGAAGCUAGUGAAACGGUUAAUCGAGGAAAACCAUACUGAAGAGGUAAUUCUAUCGGAAUAUGGGUCAAGCUGGAACGAAUAA